AGGGGGACGCCGCUUCCUCCUCCUCCUCCUCCUCCUCCUCCCUCUGGCCUGGGACAGCCCGACCGCCGGCCGGCUGCCCCCGGCCCCCGCCGCUCUCCGAAAUGCCCCUGCAGCAGGCAAAACGAAGGCUGGAGCUAGGAGAAAGUGGCCACCAAUAUCUUGCAGAAGGACUAAAGACUCCAAAGGGGAAAGGAAGAGCUGCAACAAGAAGUCCAGAUAGUCCAAAAACUCCAAAAUCUCCUUCAGAAAAGACUCGGUAUGAUACAUCCCUUGGCCUUCUUACAAAGAAGUUCAUUCAGUUGCUGAGCCAGUCUCCUGAUGGGGUCCUAGAUUUGAACAGAGCAGCAGAGGUCCUCAAGGUGCAAAAAAGGAGGAUUUACGAUAUCACCAAUGUACUGGAAGGCAUCCAUCUCAUUAAGAAAAAAUCCAAAAACAACAUUCAGUGGAUGGGCUGCAGCCUGUCCGAGGACGGUGGGAUGCUGGCGCAGCGCCAGGGCCUCACCAAGGAGGUGACGGAACUGACUCAGGAAGAGAAGAAACUGGAUGAGCUAAUCCAAAGCUGCACCCUGGACCUCAAGCUGCUAACAGAGGACUCAGAGAAUCAGAGAUUAGCUUACGUGACGUACCAAGAUAUUAGAAAAAUCAGUGGCCUUAAAGACCAAACUGUUAUAGUUGUGAAAGCUCCUCCAGAAACAAGACUUGAAGUGCCUGACCCAGUGGAGAGUGCAUUGAUACAUUUAUCUAGUACUCAAGGACCUAUUGAAGUUUAUCUGUGCCCAGAGGAAAAUGAUGCCCUCAGUCCAAUGAAAACCUAUAGUCAGGACCACAAUGGAAAUAUUUCCAAAACCAUUUCCAAAGAAGUGGCUUCUGCUAACUCAGGACAAGGUGACUGCUCAGUAAAUAUGGCAACAAUCUCUCCAUUGGCUUCUCCAGCCAACCUUCUACAGCAGACCGAGGACCAAAUUCCCUCAAACUUUGAAGGACCAUUUGUGAAUUUGCUGCCUCCUCUGCUUCAGGAAGAUUAUUUGCUGAGCCUUGGGGAUGAAGAAGGCAUCAGUGACCUCUUUGAUGCUUAUGAUUUAGAGAAACUUCCUUCACUGAUGGAUGAAUUUAUAUACAGCUGAUUGUCUUAAGUGCUGUCCAUAUCUAAACUAUGUUUUUAAUGGAAUCAAAAAAACCUGCCGUCAUUCAGAGUUGUCCUCUACUUACCAUAAAAAUAGCAUUAUUAAAUAAACUAGGCUCCUGAACA